CAAAAUACCGGUUUGGUUUGGACAAAAAGUUGAAUCAAAAUUGGAGCUUUUCUUUCUAGUGGACUCUCUCAAAGCAAUGGCAAACAAUCCCUCGCAGCUUCUUCCAUCAGAGUUGAUUGACAGGUGCAUUGGCUCCAAAAUAUGGGUGAUAAUGAAAGGGGACAAGGAGCUUGUGGGUACUCUAAGAGGCUUUGAUGUCUACGUCAACAUGGUCCUCGAAGAUGUCACCGAAUAUGAGAUCACUGCUGAAGGAAGACGGAUCACAAAGCUUGAUCAGAUUUUGCUUAAUGGAAACAACAUUGCUAUUCUGGUUCCAGGAGGCUCACCUGAUCCAGAAUGACUGUCUGCUCCUGCCUGUUUCUUUUGUCCUCCCUUUUAACGAGAUUGGUUCCAGGCUAUAUUCUCAGUUUUAAUGAGAAUUCUGGUGCACAAGGAAGGUUCUUAUUAUUUACCCCAGUCACUGUAAGAUUCUCCAAGUUGAAUGGUCAUAUGACAGAGUUGGCCCCAGUUACUGUUAUGAUGAAUGAUUGGUUAUGCUUAUCAUGACUUUGAAAUGCUGAUAGUUCUAAUGUCACUUUAUAUGCAUCAUCAUUUCAAAAAUAUUAUGACAGAGUUGAAUGCUUUUGCUUCUCAGAAAAUUGAUGUUAGUUCAAGUCACUAGGAAAGGUAACAUCGAUUAUGCCAA